UAUCAAGUAAACAAACCAAACAGAAGAAGUAGAAGAACAACAAUAUUAUCAUUCAAAGCUACCUUUCUUAUCAAUCUAUGGCUGCAACCUCAGCUCCAGUUUUGAACGGGCUAAACUCUCCUUUCCUAUCAGGUGGAAAGAGGAGCCAAACCCUCUUCUCUGCAGCUCACGUUUCAACCAGACUUCCCGCCGGAGCUCAGAAGAGGUUCAUUGUUGUCGCCGCCGCUGCUACUUCCAAGAAAUCUUGGAUUCCCGGUGUUACAUUUGGCGGCAACUUAGUCGACCCCGAAUGGCUCGACGGCUCUCUACCAGGAGAUUUCGGGUUUGACCCACUAGGAUUAGGCAAGGAUCCGGCAUUUCUAAAGUGGUACCGAGAAGCAGAGUUGAUCCACGGAAGAUGGGCAAUGGCUGCAGUGUUGGGUAUUUUCGUGGGUCAGGCAUGGAGUGGAGUCCCCUGGUUCGAGGCCGGGGCACAGCCAGGAGCUGUGGCCCCGUUCUCGUUUGGGACUCUUCUCGGUACUCAACUUCUUCUCAUGGGAUGGGUUGAGAGCAAGAGAUGGGUUGAUUUCUUCAACCCUGAUUCCCAAUCAGUUGAAUGGGCUACACCGUGGUCGAGGACGGCCGAAAACUUUGCAAACUUUACCGGGGAACAGGGUUACCCAGGUGGCAAGUUUUUCGACCCGUUAGCUUUAGCUGGAACUCUUAAGGAUGGAGUUUACAUUCCUGAUACGGAUAAGUUGGAGAGAUUGAAGCUGGCUGAGAUUAAACAUUCGAGGCUUGCAAUGUUGGCUAUGUUGAUCUUUUAUUUUGAAGCUGGACAAGGGAAAACACCCCUUGGAGCUCUAGGCUUGUAAAACCUGAUUUGUUAUUAUUAUUAUUAACUAUCGAGCUAC